AUGUCGACCCAAGCAUUGCUGCAACAGUAUCAAGGCCACAUCGUGCCGCAAAGCUACAAUGCAGGCUUCGUCGCCCUGAGCUACGUGGUCAGCCUGGUCGGUGCUGGCUCGACUCUCGAGCUCAUCAACCGUAGAACCGGUCUCAGAGGUCUCUUCAACCAUCUUUUGCUAAUGGGUUCAGCAAUUACCAUGGGUGGAGUGUCCAUCUGGUGUAUGCACUUUAUCGGUAACAGAGCCAUCGAUCUCGCUGAUGGACAGCCUGAACUGCAAGUUGCCUACUCUAGCGGCUUCACCGCGAUAUCCUUCUUCGUCCCAAUCCUGGUUCUUCUCGCUGCUUUCAUGGCUGUCGGCACCAACAACGUCGUCUCGUGGUGGAGACUCGUAGCUGGCGGUGUCCUUUGUGGAACUGCUGUGUGUGGAAUGCACUAUCUCGGCAAUGCCUCUAUCAACAACUACACGUGCGUGUAUCAGCCGGCGUACGUUAUAGGAUCAGCCAUCAUUGCCAUAGUGGCAAGUAACGUUGCCUUGGCCAUGUUCUUUGUCUUCCGAGCCAUGUGGGCGAACGCAUGGUGGAAGCGAGGCAUCUCAGCUGUUGUGCUGGCCGGGGCCGUUUCAGGAAUGCAUUGGUGUGCUUCUGUUGGAACUCGUUACCGACUGAAGAGUAUCAAGCCUAAUGGCAAUGAACCUUCCAGAACAGGUACAGUCGUCGUCGUUAUCUGCUUGUCCCUAGGUGCAUGCUUUGUCAUUGCCAUCUCAGCGAUUCUCCGAGCAAGGAAUAUGAGAAGAUUGGCCCUACGUGCCCAGCAAAUCACACUCGCAGCAGCAAUCUUCGAUAAGGGCGGGAGGAUUCUGGUAGAUCCUGAUGGAUACAUUCCAAACACGGUGGUGACCGACUCCUUUUUGGAAAAGGACGCAAAGGAAGGAUUCAACACUGGCCACUCUCUAUUCCAUUGGAUGUAUCAAGCGUCAAGGAACUGGAACAUGAUCUGGAGUCUUAUAGGAGGCAUGAGACAGCAUCUGUCACAGUUGCCGCACUCGCGCACCCACAAGGAUGGUCGUCGAGGAAUCCAGCUUGUGAGUGAUCAUGGCGAAACCAUUGACAGUUACGACAUGAUCUUCAGAGAGCUUUUCUGUCUCGCUGCCGCUGCCCUCGCCGAUCGGUUUCGCCAAGAUCUCACAUCGAUCGGAGUGUUGUGGGAUCAAAUCUUGCCAACAGGUGCCGGUGGUCGAAGACCUCGGACUACUCAGGGACGAAAACCAUCUGUGACCGUGGUUGGGACUGGUUUGGAAGGUAAUGAUGCCAGCGAAGAGGCGCACAACAGCCUGGACAUGACCGAGAAAGGCCUCCAUACAGCAGACGACAGUUAUGGUCGAGGUUCGUUGAUGUUCCUCGUACGUCGUUGCGAGUCUGAUCGUGAUACCGAACGGUUGAUCUCAGCUGGCUAUCGUUUCGCCGAGUUGCGUCAGGUCAGCGAUCUCAUCAAAUCUAAUAUGCAGAUCCAAACCCCCGAAUUCGAAAACAAGCUUAGAGAGAUGGCGAGUUACACGAGUGAACACAAUCACAUUCGCCAAGGCGUUCAUCUUGGCUUCUUUGCCGUUCGCGCUCGCGUCAGUUCCAGCUUCGAAGUUCUGGUGAGAAAGGGCGCACGCCAUUUGCUACCAACUAUGCCCUUUCCCUUCAAGAACCUGGAAGAUUGGCACAUGCACUAUCUCAGAAGAUUUGAGAACAUGCCCGUGUCCAAGAUCAUAGAGAAAUGCAAAGAGGAUUCCCAGCGAAGUGACCGAGAGGCUGAGUUCGCUGGACAAAUCGCAGAUACCAUAAAGGCCCUGCGUGAAUGGACUCAGGAACCUUUGCUCGAAGAUGCACUGCUCACAUCGACAACGUUUCGGAUCCCCUGUCGUGGAGAAGAGAAGCGUUCAGAGGCAACCAUGAUCGCAUUGCGGCUUGUCAUUCCGAUUCACUCUGUCUUGUCGAGUCCUAACUGCGAGUUUGUACCCUUGAGCUUCUUCAGGAUGCGCCAGGUAUCAACACAAUCCUACCAAGAGUUCACACGAGGGCUACAUCAAGAGUUUGGUCAUAUUGCAAAAUCUGCAGAUCGCCACCAAGGAUCUCGAGGCAGCGUGACUCCUUCCGCCUCUAGUCGUUGGACAUUCGGACGGUUAGAUGCAGCUCGAAAUAGUCGGAACAGAAGCAAAUCCAUUUCACAUAUUUCUGGAAGGCCAACUUCUUUGGUUGACUCGACACGAUCCAGCUCGACCAUCAAUCUUUGCUCCCCAGGGAACAAUAUCCGCACGCAGUCGAUUGAUUCGACAGAGGCACCAGGACCCUACAUGCCUCGACAAGAGCCUCUGCAGACCGCGCCGUCGUACGGUGGCAUCAUGGUGUUUCAAGAGAUCACUGUCGAUGUGCAAGAGGGGAACGAAACCGCUUCGAGGAAGCCCAGUAACAGUUCUGACGCUGAUACGCUCACGAUUGAGAAGACCAUCUCCAAGCACCUGCCACCUGUAGGUAUCGAGUUACAGUCCAUGGGCCAUUUUGGCACCAACGAUGUCGGCACGCAGUUGUCCAAUGAUAUUGAGGCGGGCAGAGGGGGCCACAGUUAUGUGACAUGUUUUGUUGAUGUUUUGUUUGCAAAGACUGUGGAGAGUCGUUAA